AGUUGGCGUGAGGGGAGCGACACGCCAUGCUCAGCGCUGUGGUAUCGCUGCUGGGCCGGCUGCUCGGCUGGCUGCUGACUCCCAUACCGCUGGGCGUCCUGGCCGUCACCCUCGGCGCCGUCUACUACUACCUCACCAAGGACUACGACUUCUGGCCGUCGCGCGGCGUGAAGGGACCGCGCGCCAAACUGCCCUGGGGUAACGAGUUUGGUCCCCCAGUUGUGACGGAUGUUGUAGACUUUGAAGAAUGGAUCUACCACAAGCAAGGUGGGAAGAAGUUUUGUGGAUACAUGGAGAUGCACCGGCCUGUUCUGUACGUAGGAGACCCGGAUCUGAUCCGCGCUAUCACAGUGAAGGAUUUCGAGCACUUUACGGACCGAAGAGACCUCGUGCUUAGCGAUGCAUUUAAGGAAAUGCUGUCUGUCGUAAAUGGAAAGAAGUGGAGAGACACCAGAUCGGUAAUGUCGCCGACUUUUUCUUCAAGUAAGAUGAGGUUGAUGCACCAGCUCUGUCUGGAUAAUGCCAGCAACCUAGGCAAGUACAUGCUGGAAGAAAUGCAAGAGAAGGGCGAAGUCCAAAUGAAGGAUUCAUUUGGUCGUUUCACCAUGGACAACAUUGCUGCAUGUGCUUUUGGCGUGAACUGCAACUCUUUUAAAGAUCGGAACACAGAGUUUGCAACGCAUGCGGCUGCCCUGUUUAAGCCACCAACAACAUAUGGAUUCUUCCGCUUCGUCGCUCUCCUGACGUUGCCAACCUGGCUUUUUAACAAACUUCCGGAUCCCACCUUGGUAAUAAACGGCUUCUUCUCACGAGUGGUGAAUAAGACCAUUGCUCAUCGAGAAGCCAAGGGCAGCUCUCGUCGGGACUUCCUCCAGCUUCUGCUGGAGACCAAGGACAAGGACGGCAACCGCGUGCUCUCGAAUGAAAGCAUCGUCGCGCAGUCGGUGUUGUUCUUCAUCGCCGGGUAUGACACGACGGCUACACUCCUGACCUUCGCUGGGUACUCACUGGCCACCAAUCCCGACUGCCAGCGGGCCGCGCAUCGCGAAAUCGACGACGUGCUCGAGCGGUACGGCGGCCAGAUGACCUACGAGGCAGUCUCCGAGAUGACCUACAUGGACCGCGUGCUGAACGAAACGCUGCGGAUGUACCCACCCGCACCCCGUCUGGAGCGUCAGUGCAGCAAGGACUACAUCCUUCCGGGGACGAGCGUGCACAUCCCGCGUGGCACCCUCGUCCAGAUGCCGGUGGUAAUCAUGCAUCGUGACCCGGAUAUUUACCCGGAUCCGCUGCGCUUUGAUCCGGACCGCUUCCUGCCGGAGGAGAAGGAGAAGCGCCAUCCAUGCUCUUACCUGCCGUUCGGCAACGGGCCGCGCAACUGCAUCGCCAUGCGGUUCGCGCUGUUCGAGGCGAAGGUGGCACUCAUUGCAGUUUUGCGUGAGAACAGCCUGAAGCCAGGACCACGCACUCCGCCACCACCUAUGCCAAUGAAUACGACCGGGUUCCUGUUGUCGCCCAAGCAAGAGGCCUCCUACAUGAAGGUGGUGCCCCGCAGCAAGGACUAGCGGGAGACGGAGAGGCGGUUGUUCUCGACAGUUCCUCAUCUCGAGGGACCGGCGAGAGAGAGGGAGAGAGAGAGAGAGAGAGAGAGAGAGAGAGAGAGAG